CGAAGAGAGGUCACGAUGGCGGACAUAAAGUCCCCACCAUUUAGUGAUAUAAAACGUCCUGAGGACGUGGUGGCGAUGGCAAUGAACGACAGCCUCAAGUUCGCCGUUCUUAUCGGCCUUAUCGAGGUUGGUCAGGUGUCCAAUCGGGAAGUCGUUAAUACAGUCCUUCAUCUGCUUGUAGGAGGUGAAUUUGAUAUGGAACUAAACUUUGUAGUACAGGACGCUCAAAAUAUCAGACACAUGUUGGAACUUCUCGAUCACUGUCCGUCAAACUUACAGGCACGCUAA